UCCGCGAAAUUGUUUCUUGGAGUUGAGAGAACUGGCUGUUGCUCGCUGUAAAAUAGGACAAGUGGGCGCAGAAGUGGAGGCACACAGAACGGCAGGACAGGCGUCUGGCACAUAAAGGCGAAAAGAACAAAUAAGGAAAAAAAGGAGGAAGAACAGAGGAGCGCAACUGUUCUCUCUCCUGAGUCAGUGUUUAUUUAUCCGCCCAGCAUCCCCUGGAAGAAACACUCUCUAAGGACGACACGUGUGGAUCAUUAGCCAAGGAGGACUGCGGUCUAUAUAAUAUUUUCUCCCCUAUUUUUUUUCUAUAGAUAUAUAUUUAUAUAUAUAUACUCUGCAGCAACUUUGCACAGACUCUCUUCACUCCACCCAGAUCCGCUCCAGUGAUGUCGGAGGUUGAUGCCGUGGACUGCGUCCCUACGCGUCCUCUGGAGAGAACAGAGGACGCCUUAAAAGAUAACCAGGAAAAUGGCACUUUACUAAUGGUCGCGAUGAUAUUAUUGGACUUAAAGAAAUGUGGUCCGACCCCUGUCUGCGGCGGAGGGAGCAGCGAGGCGGGAAGGCAGGAGAAAGAGAAGGAGGAGCGGGGGAGCAGCCGGGGGUGCCAAGCUGUCAAGGCGCCGCGGAACAAGGCGCCCGGCAGAACUGAGACCCCCGAGAAGAGGCACGGCUGCCCCUUUGCUGGCUGUGGGAAAAUGUACGGAAAGUCGUCCCACCUCAAAGCCCACCUCAGGGUCCACACCGGUGAGCGACACGCCUACAAAAAAGGCUCGCUUCUGUAGACGCCCUGCGUCACUUCACUUUUACGCGCAUGGGUUUCAUCCACUCAUUAAAAAAAGUCCCAGAUUGUUAUUUUCUAUAUCUGCCUUUGUGUGACAUGUGAACUGUAGGAGCAUAUGGUACCGCAGGUUAUAUGACAGGUGGUUCGAUGCGUUCAGGGUCAGAUCAUGCCUGCCACUGGCUGAGCAGGCUGGAAAGAGGCGUGCGUUAGAUAAAGAUGUCUUAAUAUGUUGUUGACACGCGCCUUCCUGUGAGAACAUCGCGUUCUUCUCUUCGCUCCGCGUUUUGGGGGCGCAAUAAAUCGCACAGAAAGCAAGUUAACUCAAAUCAUUCUUCAUUUGGGGGGGAAUAGUUAAAUUCCUAACUGUUAAAGUGGUCCUUAUGUUAUAUUAGGCCAACACGCUGAUCAAUCCGACCCAGUUGUCACUGUAUGUUCUUUGCUGGAGGUAACCGCCCCCCUCCCGCCCCCUGCACCACCGCUAUCUCAUCCAUCAUCCAUCAUCUCCGGCUCCACACCCCUCCGUCCGGUUGUAAACAAGAGCAGACAUGUGGUUUGAGUCGAGCACGUGGAGGAAAAAGUGGGGUGUUGCCUUAUGUGGUU